CAACCAUAGUCCCAAAUUGCCUUUGUACAUAUACUUUAUCCCAUUAUACCAAAUUUAAAUUCAAAAAUCUUCAUUUUUCUUCUUCUUCUUCUCUGUUUAAAGUUAUUGUUUAUUACUGUUAUUUCAUCAAAUUGAGUGCAAAUUUUUUAGCUUUAUGAUUGUUUCUGGUGACCCACAUUCUUAAUUCACUGUUCCCUUCAUAAAGAGAAGAAGAAGAUUCUUUGAAACCUCUUCUUUUGUCAAGUCUUCUCGGCUAAAAAAAAUACAGAAAGCCACCAUUAAUGCUGGUCACCUCUCUGUCUUUAAUGUUCUUAUCACCUUCUUACCUCUAGCUUCCCCAGUUUCUUUCUCGUCUAUGUGUUAAUACCACAAACACACACACAAGAACACCGAACAUUCUCAUCCACGGUUUCUUUCUGCAUUUGUCCUCACUUCCUCCUCAACUCUCUUUCUUCUUCUCCUGCUUUUCGUUUCCUUGGAGUUUUUUUUCUGGAGAGGAGCGUCUAGGAUCACGAGCUGUGUUUAGUUUCCUUGACUUGAGCUGACUAGCCGUUCCUCUCUGAGUUAAGUUCAUUGUCUCCACAGUUUCUGGAAACAUUGUGUGUGAAUUUACAAAGACACCUCUAUUGGUCUCUUUCAGUUUUCUCUUCUGCUAAUUUUAUCAUGGUUCAGUCAAAGGUCUCACCUUUACUCUUUCUUUCAUGGCUCUUGUUCUUACAAAGCACCCAUCAACUUCAAAACUCUCAGACCCAGGUCCUCUAUCAGCUCAGGAAACAUCUAGAAUUCCCCAAAGCUCUCGAAUCUUGGGGAAGUUACUACGGAGACUUAUGUCUAAUCUCUGCAACUCCUCAUAUGAGCAUUUCCUGUGAAGGCAAUUCCAUCACGGAGCUUAAAGUCAUGGGAGACAAGCUUCUAAAACCUUUUGGCACGUUUGAUGGGUUUUCACUACCAAACCGUACUCUCUCUGAAGCUUUCUUGAUCGAUUCUUUUGCUACUACAUUGACAAGGCUUACAAGCUUGAGGGUUCUUAGCUUAGUGUCACUAGGCAUCUUUGGUGAGCUCCCAGGGAAGAUCCAUCGGUUGUAUUCACUAGAGUCCUUGGAUUUGAGUUCGAAUUAUCUCUUUGGUUCUGUCCCUCCUGAUGUUUCCAGAUUGGUUAAGCUUCAAAGCCUGAUGCUUGAUGGAAACUACUUCAACGGCAGUGUUCCUGACACGUUGGCUUCCCUGACUAACCUCACUGUUCUUAGUUUGAAGAACAACCGGUUCAACGGGCCGUUUCCUUCUUCAGUCUGCAGAAUUGGAAGACUAACGAAUCUUGCUCUCUCUCACAAUGAGAUCUCUGGUGAAUUGCCUGAUCUCAUCAAGUUAGAGCAUCUCCAUAUGCUGGAUCUAAGAGAGAACCACUUUGAUUCUGAACUACCUAUGUUGCCGAAGAGAUUGGUUACUGUUCUUCUGAGCAAGAACUCAUUCUCCGGCGAGAUUCCAAGGCAUUUUGGCGGUUUGUCUCAGCUUCAGCAUCUUGACUUGUCGUUCAAUCAUCUUACCGGAACUCCACCUCGGUUCUUGUUCUCCUUGCCAAGCAUUAGUUACUUGGACUUGGCGUCUAACAAGCUCGGUGGGAAGCUACCACUCAAUCUCUCCUGUGGAGGCAAGCUCGGUUUUGUGGAUUUGUCUAAUAACAGAUUGAUUGGGACUCCUCCUCGUUGCCUGGCAGGCUCUUCCGGCGAGAGAGUUGUUAAGCUCGGUGGAAACUGCUUGUCUAUAAACAGCAGUCAUGAUCAGCAUCAAGAGUUCUUAUGUGAAGAAGCUGAAGGAAAACAGUUGCAAGGAAGAAAAAUUGGGACUUUAAUUGCUGUCAUUAGUGGAGCUGUUCUAGUUCUUGCGUUGGUUGCACUCGGACUAGUCCUGUUAUGUGUAAAGCGUUCAUGUUGUUGUUGUUCAAGAGGAAAGUCAGUACCGAAAACUCGGUUUAAGGUUCUGACUGAUAAUUCACACACCAGUCUCUCCUCUGAAGUUCUUGCUAAUGCAAGGCUAAUCUCUCAAACGGCGAAGCUAGUUGCACAAGGUGUGCCUUCAUGCCGCUCAUUUUCUUUUGAAGAGUUAAAGGAAGCCACAGAGGGUUUUCAUGCAUCACGUUUCUUAGGUGAAGGCUCCCUUGGAAAGCUAUACAGAGGAACAUUGGAAAAUGGAAGUUAUAUAACUGUGAGAUGUUUGGUUUUAUCAAGAAAAUUCUCUAGCCAAAGUAUCAGAGGUCACUUAGAUUGGAUGUCUAAGCUCAACCAUCCUCAUCUCCUUAGCUUCUUGGGACAUUGCACUCAAACCAGCGGAGAACAUGAUCCUGCAGCGACCAUACUCUACCUUGUUUACGAGUAUAUUCCCAACGGGACAUAUCGUGCGCAUCUCUCAGAGUCUUGCUCGGAGAAGAUCCUAACGUGGCCAGACCGGUUAGCAAUUCUGAUUGAGAUAGCAAAGGCGGUUCAUUUUCUUAACACCGGUGUAAUGCCUGGCUCCUUCAACAAUCAUCUGAAGACUAACAACAUUUUGCUUGACGAACAUAAGAUUGCAAAGCUCAGUGACUAUGGAGUCUCUGCCAUCAUUGAAGAGAAUGAAAAGCUUGAGACAAAGUCAGAACCUCACAACAAGUCAAAGAAAAUAGCUAAAAGAGAGGAUGAUGUGUACAACUUUGGAUUCAUACUUCUGGAAUCUCUCAUAGGACCAUUGCCCACUACAAAAGGAGAGGCCUUUCUUCUAAACGAAAUGACGUCAUUUGAGAGCCAAGACGGUCGUCAGAAAAUAGUGAGUCCAACGGUGCUAACAACGAGCUCUCAGGAGUCUUUAGCGAUUGCGAUCUCAAUCGCUAAUAAAUGCGUUUUGCUUGAACCUUCCGCAAGGCCUUCCUUUGAAGAUGUUCUCUGGAACUUACAAUAUGCGGCUCAGAUGCAGUCUGCCGCAGACGCUGAACGCAAGUCUGACACGUCGCCAUGAAUCCGGAGCGCUAGUGUUUGAUAAUUUUUUCUUUUCGGUUUUUGAAUAUGUAAAGUUUUAUUAGUUUGGUCUUAAUACAAGCUAGCAUAUUAAGGUUUCUAAUACAACAAAAGUCUACAUAACUGUUCCAAUGUGAGGCUUUCAACCA